GUGUUAAAAGUCAAUCAAGGAGAAAAAGCAGAUAACCUUACCAAAAAGUUGUACACUAAGCUCGAAAAAGACUGAAGAACGAAAACGAAAGAGAUUUUUACUGUAAAUCCUUUGUUUAUUUGUAGUAGCAACAAACAUUUAUAUAAAAAUAUUGGGCAUAGGAGAAAAUAUAGCACAUCAGCAGAGGUGCAGUUGGUUGCCUUUUCAUCUCAGCAACCAUCCCAUAGAAAGGGAAAACAAGUUACAAGGGCAUAAACUUCAAAAAACAAGGAUAAGUGAAAUAAUAUACAAAACGACAACCAGUUGUCGGGAGGUGGUAUAUGGGCAUCUGGGAUGGUCUGCUGCUAAAUGUGAUAAGUUUAAAAAGUAUUGAAAAAUAUACGUAGAGGAUUGGAUUCCUGGCAAUCGGUGUGGUAGUUUAGCAUAUUUUCUAUGCCAUUGCGAGUGUUAAAAGCCAUUGAACGCAACGAAACUAAGCAAGUUGUGGUAACUGAUUCAUGAUAUAUUCGUGUACAUUUCUUUACUCUAUCCCAACUAUUUAACCAAAUCAGUGCUAUUUAGGGGCCAUAGCGGAGUUUGAACAGCAAUUCAAUAGCACUGAACAUAUCACAUACGGAAACUCACACAAAAAAAAAAAUGCGAUGGAUAGCACACUUGGACGGUGGACCACGACGUGUCAAUCAUGCUGCUGUCGGUGUUGGUGAUAAGAUAUACUCAUUUGGUGGUUACUGCACGGGCGAUGAUUAUCGCCUGAACGAAUGCAUCGAUGUGCAUGUGUUGAACACAAAUACAUUGCGCUGGGCAUUGGUGCCACAGAAACGAGAUGAAAAUGGUUUGCCACUAAAGUAUCCUGAAGUACCGUUUCAACGUUAUGGCCACACAGCUGUUGCAUAUGCUGACAAAGUUUAUAUGUGGGGUGGCCGAAACGAUGAGCAACUUUGCAACGUUCUCUAUUGCUUUGACCCACAAACAUUGAGCUGGACACGACCUGAAGUGAAAGGUGCUAUACCGGGCGCACGUGAUGGUCAUUCUGCAUGCGUUGUGGAUCAUUGCAUGUACAUUUUUGGUGGAUUUGUUGAUGAAAUAAAUGAGUUUUCUUGCGAUGUACACUGCUUAGAUUUCCGAACGAUGGAGUGGCGUUAUAUGCAAACAUUUGGUGCUCCACCAUCAUUUCGAGAUUUCCACUCGGCGGCUUCUAUUUACGGGCGCAUGUAUAUUUUCGGUGGCCGUGGCGAUAAACAUAGUCCUUAUCAUAGUCAAGAGGAAAUGUACUGCCCGGAAAUUGUAUUUCUAGAUAUGAAAACAAAAAUGUGGCAUCGGCCAUCCACCACCGGUAAAGUACCUGUGGGCAGACGCAGCCACUCAAUGUUUAUCUACAGUGGUCUUAUCUAUAUAUUUGGUGGCUACAAUGGAUUGCUGGAACAGCAUUUUAACGAUUUUUACACAUUUGAUCCGAAAUCCAAUUGUUGGAAUCUUAUCAAGCCAUUUGGUCGACCACCAACUGCGCGUCGACGACAAGUGUGUAUAGUUAAAGAUACGCAUAUGUUUCUCUUUGGUGGCACAAGCCCUGAUCCUCAGAAUAGUAACCAAUUGAUCGAUAAUAACGACACUCAUCUACUUGAUUUUGAGCCUACUCUACGUACAUUGUCAAUAUUAGCCGUUAUAAAUUAUCAUUUGGAUACGACGUGGCUGCCAAAAAAACUAAAAGAAGAAAUACGCUUACUGACCCAGCCAAAUUCAUUGACACGACCCCUUAAUCACGCUGGUUAGGAAGAAAAUCAAUUCUCUAUAAAUCGUACAAUAAAUAUAUCACAGCCAAAAACACUUAUCGCGCGAAUAUUCAACAGUAUACAACAACACGCAAUCAAUUGAAUCAAAUAGCAUCCAGCCGAAUAAUAUGGAGAGCAGAAAUUCGUUUCAAUACAAAGGAAAGGUGAUCAAAACAUGUUGCUGUGCUACAUACGCAUCAUUCGCACUAUUUUUCAUUACAUUUUUUUAUUGCACAAAUGUUCAUACUUACAUACAUAUAUAGCUUUUGUUGUUCUAGUUGGUUACCCUUCUCGUACUGUCCAUCUAAAACUUAGUAAUGCAUACAAUGGAAUGUCAAACAAAAGUGUAUUUUUUGUAUUUGUUUUUUAUCCAAUAUAGCAUAAUAUUUAUUUUUAUCUUUUAGCUACAUUA